CAGCUGUUGCGGGUCACGUGCCCGCAGGUUUACGGAACUUGUUGUUGGGUUUCAAGAUGGCAGCUGCAGGCUCGCUGAUGCUGUUUCUAACCUUUUCCUUGUUCUCGUGUUUCGGGACGGGGAGCUCGACCGCGCAAGUGCCGCUUCUCAUGUGGUCCGCCGAGGGUUUGCCGCCUGCGCCCUCGUCUCCAGCAGGCCACGUCACGUCCGACGAGCAGCUGGGCUCCUACCUCACCUCGGCCUUUGGCUCCGGCGCCCACACUGUGCUGCUCUUCCUGCAGGACAAGCUGAGCAAAGACGACUUCACGGCUUUCGCUGGCGUGUUCGGAAACGAACAGGAUGGCGUCUUCCGAAAUCUGAAGGCGCUGCUGCGGUCGUCUGCGUCUUCGGUGACGUUUCCCUCCUUGGCGUGGUCGCCCUCUACCUCGACGGUGGCUCUGCUGGAGGAGCGGCUGGGCGUCUCGCCCGCGCCGGUGGACGUGGACGCCCUGUCGCGGGUGGACGUGGACGCGUCUGUCAGCAACCUUCUCGUCAUCAAUCUGCCGUAUUGCACCAGCUGGCAGAAGUCUUGCCGGGAAGUGCUACGUAACAAUGAUGAGAUGAUUGCCAAGGUUGUGAGUACGAUGGAAGACAAAAAGGCGCCUUACAUCGCAAUGUACACGGGAGGCCGACCGUCACGAGUGAUGUCCGAGCCGGCGCCGGCCGUGGAGCGGCCCGUCGCUCGAUCGCUGCUUCAAGCCGCCAUCCCCGAAGUCAGACCCCCCGUGGUUUUCAACGCAUCAGGCGGCCCGUGCAUCAUGCUGUGGGCUCGCAAUCUCAACGUCAGCUUCUCGCCCAGCGCCAAUUGGACCGACCUCGCCGUCGACACGCCCUCCUUGACGGAGUCGAUGUGCAACUCCACCAACUCCCUGCUUGUGCUCAGCUACCCAUCAGGCAUAACCCUAAGCUUUUCCAUGAGUCAGCGAUUCUAUCCGGUGUCCGCGAGGAACUGGUUCACGCUGGAUUCGGUGCAGCUGCAGUCCGACGGCGUCACGGCAUCCUUCGUCGGGAGCCGCGCCAUCUACGCGCCCGCCGAGUAUUCCUUCCACUGCCAGUCGGUCAGCAGCUUCCGGGACGCUCUGCUCGUACCAAACUCUACCAACCGAAACGUAUCAGACUGGAGGCUCAACUUCAUCGACUUCCAAAUUCAGGGCUUCGGCUUGACUAACGGAACGAAUUUCUCCUACGCCAGUGACUGCGCGGGCUUCUUCACGCCAGGAAUUUGGAUGGGGUUGCUGACAUCACUGCUCAUGCUGUACAUCUUCGUGUACGGCCUGCACAUGAUCAUGCAGCUCAACGCCACGGACCGAUUCGACGACCCCAAAGGUCCGUCGAUUUCCGUGUCUCAGUCGGAGUGAAGCCCCCACGUUCACAUUUGAAGCCCUUCUUCUCUGGGCUGCUUUUUAAGACUCGUUCCCGAGUGCCAAAAUAGUCGUGUGAUGUCACCCUUGCGUGUUAAGUUUUGCCACUGUUGCCAGAGAAUGCCUUUUUUGCGUGUGAAAGUGUGCUUGAUGCUAUCAGUACGUUUCACACCUCAGACCUUUUUAAAAUCUUUCACAAUUAAUAUUUAUCAUGCCAUUUGGGUAAGAUAUCUCAAUAUAAAGUGUUGUAUAGAAGUUGACCCAUCCUGAAUCAAUCAUUCCUUUACAUUCAAAUUGUUCAAAUGUCACAACUGUUCUCUUACCUUAUUUAUUUCCAGAAAGGAGGCCCUUGAAGUUUGAUUCAGGAUCCUUAAACUAUGCAACGUUAGCUGUUGUUAAACAUGAACAUGUGCUUUUGCCAACUGAUACGAUCCAAAGUCAAAUGUGUUCAUUUUAAAUUACGUUUCUGCAUCAUGUUCAAUAGAAGUUUGGCAAUGUCUCA